AUGCAGCAUCGCCUGGCCUUCCUUGAAAAAGAUACCAAUCGUAAAAGGCCCAACCAUCAACGAUAUAUCAAGAUUUGUUCAGAAAUCGCUGCCCAUAGCGAUGAUGAAGAACAUCCCGAUGGAACUUACCGCGUUAUCAAGACGUUACCGUACCGCUCGAAAAACACCUCGAAAUUUUUCAGAAGACUCGACAUAGAAAUGAAAAAGGCCGAUCAGAUCUCUGGGAAAACUGUCAAGAGAGAGCCGCGCAGACUGCCGAGAGAUCCCCUCCCAUCUAUAUUCACCAGAGCUCCCAAAGAAUUACCAAUCGAUUUUUACGAUCCCCAGUGGUUUUCUCAACUCAAUGCUGGUCAAAAGCGGCUCAUUCCGAAUGCUGGGCAAGUGGCUUUCCUCCCUGAUGUGUCACAAUCUCUUCUUCCUACUCCUCACCCCGACGAAAAACUUUCUGAUUCUGCCUUCACCGCCAAAUACCUCAAGAGUCGCUCCGAACCAUACAGAGAGGCUUUGGAUGAUCUGGAGGAUGACGAUGAUGCUGACGAUGACGAACACGACGAGGAACUAUCAAAUGGACCUGGCGUCCCUCUCACCGCUGCCAACAUGGAGACUUCUGAUGAAUCUGAUUGCUACUCCGAUGGAGAUUUUGGGUCUUUAUACGAUUCUACCGAUGAUGAAGCAGCUCCUGCUGCUGAUGAUGAUAUCAUCAAGGACUCGUAG